CAAGGUUGAGCAAAAAUAAAAAUUAAGGAAUAAAAUGACGAAGGCAAAGAAGGAGAAGAGUACAACGGAGGAAGAGACUACGGGGACAGAGAAGUCGUACCAAGAUUUGAUCGCCAAUAUCAACCCCAUCGCUCAGCCGCUUGCUCCAAGGAAACUCAGCAAGAAGCUCUACAAAUGCGUCAAAAAAGCGGCCAAGGUGAAGCAGAUCCGCCGAGGAGUGAAGGAAGUCCAAAAGUUUAUUAACAAGGGAGAAAACGGGAUUGUGGUGCUGGCCGGAGACACUCUUCCAAUUGACGUUUAUUGUCAUCUGCCAAUCAUGUGUGAGGACCGGAACUUACCCUAUGCCUACGUCCCCUCCAAAGUGGACCUGGGGUCAUCGGCUGGCUCCAAGCGCCCCACUUGCGUUAUCAUGAUCAAGCCACACGAGGACUACCAAGGGGCCUACGACGAGUGUCUGGAGGAGGUAUCCUCCCUGCCGAAACCCAUCUGAGCGAGCUCAGACUCACUUGUGCAGACAGACAUGGACACGGACACACACAUAAGGUGUGGUCACUCAUUCAUAGACUCGGCCCUGGUGGCACACACAGAACCCCUCCCUGAUGGCUCUCAGGACACGGACCUGGCCAGAGAUGGACACUGCACGGGGAUUCACAGGAGCUGUGUGCAAAAUGAGGAGUUCAACAUGUCUACCCGCUCAUCUGUCUCCUGGUCUUUCCCCUUCCCCUUUUGUCCUUCUCUCUCUCUCUGUACUACUGCUGGAAUGAUCAGGUUCAUUUAAAUGCUGACUGUGUUGCAGUGAUGCAUACCAGCUCUCUCUCUGCUUAAUGAUCAUGAACCCCUAUUUUUAAUUUUUAAAAAGUCAAAACUCAUUAGCAGGAGAGCAUAGGGAUAAGGGGAGAUAUAUUUUUAUGUUUCCAUUUUUGAGGUAGUGAAUUAAGAAUAUGUUGACCUGCUUUUGAUAUUCUCUUUGAGAGCUCAGUAAUGAGAGAUUUUUUUUCCACUGUUUAUGCAUAUUUACCAGAGGAUUUGCUGUUAGGACCAUCAAAAAAUUUUUUUUUACUGUUGUCCGGGAUCUUACCCAUUUAUUUCAGACAAAUGCAGCUGGGUCCACGGGUUCCCCAGUUUCUGUAGUCUGUGACAAUGUCUUACUGCCACAGUUGAUAAUGGACAUAUCCAGAUCAUACAUGGUACAAACUGUUGCUC